UAAAGCACCUAUCUAGUUCACUCCUCUCCUCUCAAUGUAACUGUGUGACUGUGAAGAAGAAGAAGAAUGCUUCUCUUAGCCUCAGCUUCAUCCUCUCCUCUUUCUUUCCCUUCUUCACCUUCAAACCUUCAUCUUUUCCUUCCUUCCUCAUUUCCUCGUCCUUCACUGCACCUUCCCCUUCCCCCUCCUUCUUCUACUUACCAAGCAACCCCACUUCGCCUCCAUACCCCACCACCCCUUUUUUCCUCUUCCCCUUCUUCUUCUUCUGUGGAGCAAUCUGGUUCAUUUUCUCAGAUUCACAAUGGCUUGUUGUACUCCAGAGCUUAUUGGGUUAGUGAAUCUGUUAUUGCUUGGAAUGUGGAGGUUGGAAAUGGAUUUUCCUACCUACUUGCGAGCAAAGAUGCUACUUUGAGCAUUGCAAAUUAUAAAAUUCAAGGUGAGGAUUUGAAAAUUAAGCUCGAAGAGGAUAGGGCUGGCCUUCCUGCAAAUGUGGUGGAGAAAUUUCCACAUAUUCGAGGUUACAGAGCUUUCAAACUGCCACCCAAUUUGGAUGUUAAAUCUCUUCUUAAAUCCCAGUCAGUGGUUGUUGUUUAUGAUUCUGAUGAGAAAUUCAGGAAUUGUACUGGUUUGCAGUUACCUGGUGUCUUAGAUGAGAUUUUCUCAUAUAAUGGUCCCCUUGGUGCACUUUACUCAGAGGAAGCUGUGUCACUUUACCUAUGGGCGCCUACUGCUCAAGCAGUACAUGCUUACAUCUAUAAGGACCCAUCAGGAGAUGAUCCCAUGGAAAUUGUUCCCCUUGAGGAAGAACAUGGUGUUUGGAAAACUAAAGGACCAAAAAGUUGGGAAGGCUGUUACUAUGUUUAUGAAGUAUGUGUUUACCACCCUAGCACUUUGCGGGUUGAAAAAUGCUAUGCAAAUGAUCCAUACGCUAGAGGACUUUCAUCAGAUGGCAGGCGGACUUUUCUGCUUAAUCUUGACUCUGAUGAAUUAAAACCUGAUGGAUGGGAUAGUCAGGCAAAUGAGAAACCUAUUUUACAUUCCUUCUCUGAUAUAAGCAUAUAUGAAAUGCAUAUAAGGGAUUUCAGUGCCAAUGACCUCUCUGUGCAACCUGAAUUGCGUGGUGGCUAUCUGGCCUUUACGUUGCUGGAUUCAGCAGGUGUACUUCAUCUAAAGAAAUUAUCAAAUGCUGGUAUUACACAUGUCCAUCUAUUGCCAGCAUUUCAGUUUGCCGGGGUUGAUGAUCAAAAGGAAAACUGGAGAUUUGUAGAUACCUCAAUACUGGAAAGUUUGCCUCCGGAUUCAGAUCAGCAACAAGCUCUCAUUACAGCCAUCCAAAAUUUUGAUGGAUAUAACUGGGGGUACAACCCUGUUCUUUGGGGCGUUCCUAAAGGUAGUUAUGCAAGUAAUCCAAAUGGUCCAUACCGUACAAUUGAGUUCCGUAAGAUGGUUCAGGCUCUAAACCAUAUUGGCCUUCGCAUUGUGUUGGAUGUUGUCUACAAUCAUUUGCAAGGAAGUGGGCCCUUUGAUGAACAUUCUGUCCUUGAUAAGAUUGUUCCAGGUUACUAUCUAAGAAGGAAUACUGAUGGUUUCAUUGAGCACAGUACUUGUAUUAAUAAUACUGCCAGUGAGCAUGUUAUGGUUGAGCGUUUGAUCCUUGAUGAUCUUGUACACUGGGCGGUCAAUUACAAGAUUGAUGGGUUCAGAUUUGACCUUAUGGGUCAUAUAAUGAAGGGCACAAUGGUGAAAGCAAAAGAUGCUCUCCAUUGUUUAACAAAAGAAAAGGAUGGAGUUGAUGGUUCAAGCAUCUACAUAUAUGGUGAAGGAUGGGACUUUGGUGAAGUUGCCAAAAAUGGACGUGGAAUAAAUGCUUCUCAGUUCAAUCUCUCUGGAACACAAAUUGGGAGCUUUAAUGAUCGAAUCCGAGAUGCCAUACUUGGUGGAUCUCCAUUUGGCCACCCUCUUCAGCAAGGUUUUGUAACUGGUCUACUCUUGCAGCCUAAUGGCCAUGACCAUGGAACGGAAGCUAACGCGGAAUCCAUGCUUGCUGCAUCAAAGGAUCACAUUCAGAUUGCGAUGGCUGCAAACUUGCAGGAUUUUGUGCUAACCAAUUUUGAAGGAGAAGAGGUAAAAGGGUCAGAUUUAUUAAGACAUGAUGGGACAUCUGUUGCAUAUGUCUCAUGCCCAAUAGAGACUAUCAAUUAUGUUUCUGCGCAUGACAAUGAAACUUUGUUUGACAUUGUGAGCUUAAAGACUCCAAUGGAUAUCACUGUAGCUGAGAGAUGCAGGAUAAACCAUUUGGCAACAAGUGUUAUAGCAUUAUCACAGGGUAUACCAUUUUUUCACUCUGGAGAUGAGACACUCCGCUCAAAAUCACUGGAUCGAGAUUCAUACAAUUCUGGUGAUUGGUUCAACAGGAUUGACUUUACAUACAAUUAUAAUAAUUGGGGUGUUGGACUUCCUCCACAGGAGAAAAAUGAAAAGAACUGGCCACUAAUCAAACCAAGACUGGCAGACCCAUCCUUCAGGCCUCAGAAGAUUGACAUCCUUGCUGCUGUGGAAAAUUUCUUAAACCUGUUGCGCAUAAGAUACUCUUCACCACUUUUCCGCCUGAGGACGGCAAAUGCUAUACAGCAACGAGUACGCUUUCACAAUACCGGACCAUCAUGGGUUUUUGGAGUCAUAGUAAUGAGCAUUGAAGAUGGUCAUGAUGGCUUUCCUGGGUUGUCUCAGCUGGAUCCCAUAUAUUCAUUCAUUGUGAUUGUUGUCAAUGCGAGUCCAAAAGAAGUAUCAUUUAUCUGCCCUCCCCUGCAAUCAAGAAGUCUCCAGUUGCAUCCCAUACAGGUAAUGUCAUCUGAUGACCUUGUUAGGAGCUCAACAUACGAGGCAUCUUCUGGCUGUUUUGUUGUGCCUCAAAGGACAACAGCUGUGUUUGUGGAGCCAAGGAAAAUGUGAGUCACUGCUUCUGUCAAAUAUGGUUGUUAAACCAGUAAUGUAAAAAUUUCCUCUGUAUACACUACUGGUGAUUAUGAUGCUAGUUUUGGUGCAUCAGGAUGGAUUCUCAUGUGACCUUCACACACUGAACACGUUUGGAUCCUUUGUUUUUAAACCACCUCCUCCUCCUAAGUUAGAGAUGGAACUUGAAACAAAUACUAACCUAGAUUUGUUGCAAAAAGGUUUCACACACAUUCACUCAUAGCUAUGUUUAUUUUCAUAAGAUUACUCGUGUCCGUAGUGGUUAAAAUGGAUCUAGAGUUGCAUUAGUUCAAUGUAAGAAAUAAUAUAAGU